AUGGAUCUACCAGCAAAAGUCGUUCUGGUUCCCUUCCUUGCUGAAUGCGCUCUCUCGGAGAAAGAUGAGCAUGUAUUUGGAAAAGUUGAAAAAGUUGUUUUGGCGCGUCCAGACAUUAAGUGCGCGGUUGUUGUUUUAGUACGGGAGGAUACAGACUACGCCGCUCCCGAUGACGAUUCCAUCGCAUCAACGGUCCUACGUGGCGGCACUAGCAGUGACCCGCGCCUCCUCACUCAAGAAGAUUUCCUCAAUCUACGCACCACCCACGUUCAUUCAGGAGAUGAUGCGCCGAUCAACGUUCGUUCCAAAGAUCCUGCGCAUACGGCGUACGGCACAUUGGUGCCCACAGUUAUGGACUCCGUCACCAACAUGCUUGACAAAGGGUUGACGAAGAUUAAAGACUCUAUUGUAACUUUACAGCAGAAGCUCGCGCCCGACCUCGACUUCACCGUUCUCGCGGAAACUCCUAUCCAAUCUUUCUUUGACUGGAGCCGUGCCUCGAGACGAAUCCUGACAGCCGCCGAAAUCACCGCCUACGACCGUUAUUGCGAGUGGCACGUGAAGCUUUUCGGCGAGUCGGAUAGUGAGAGUUCUUACGCCCCUUCGGAACAGACAGAUGACUCGGUUGAGGAAGAGAUGGCGGACGCUCAAGGCUCCAAACGUAAGCGUGCGAGCACGUCCGACCUUCCCUCUUCUAGGUUUAAAAUCCCGAAGGCGGCCUAG